ACAUUAAUAUUUCGUUUUUAUAUGGUUUAUCAAUUUUGUGCUAAGAAAUUUACACAUUUUAAAGUCCUCUUAUUAUCAAUUAAUAAAUAAAUAAAUACUUAAUAAAAUCAAAAUAUAGUUCCUCAACAUUUUUCUAAAAGAUAAUUGAAAUUAUUUCGGUUUCGUAAGCUCUAACAAUGUGAAGAAAACAAAAGCAUUUUCAGUUGGGCGUAGGGGUAGAGCUAAUGCGAUUUGGAGUGUUUGAGGACACAUUAAAAAACAGUAACUCAUAACUAAAAGUGGUUGAGACACAAAGUUGAAAGCAACGUAACAUUUUAAUUAAAAAUGUUUAACGAUGUUCACCUUGCGCGCGUUAGUAAAAUCCAACGCAGUGCAGACGUGGCCAAAGGAACUGCUGACCCAAAAUCAAUUAGUCGACGCUUUACUACACGCAACACUAAGGAAGUUUAUUUGGGAAGUAAUGGCUCAGACAUGGUAUUUGUAAGCAGUAACUCCCCCAGGACUGGUGAGGUUAUCGCUACCAAGGAAAUUGAAUCGCCCGAUCACACACAACGCGACAACAAUGAAAGUGAUAAUAACAUCAGUUCCUGUUCCACACUGGAUAUCGGAAAGGUGGAAAAUCUAUCACUUCAACAGUUGGAAUCUCAGGUGCGCGACUUAAUGCAUCGUCUUCAAAUCUCUGAACAACAACGUGCAGAUUUGCAACAUAAAUUGGAAGAAUGUAACGGUGAAAAAGAUUUGUGCCUGCGGCGAUUAGAUGUCGUCAGUGCGGCACAUGAAUGCCGCAUUACAGAAAUGCACUGCGUCAUCGCUGAGCUAAGUAAGAAAUUGAGAGCUAAGCAGGACACUGUAAUAUUGGAAGAAAACGAACCUGAUGAGAGUGAAUUAAGUUAUCAAGAAGAUGUGUCCGUUUACAAUUCCGAGCUAAAUUUAACUAACCCCGAUGCUGAAUGUCAAACUGAUAUAGUUGAAAGUGGAGCAGAAAAGUCGUUAUGUAAAAGUCAUAGCACUGGUGAUAAUGUCCAUUGCGUAGAUUUAACAGAUCAAUAUAGGAUCAAUGAUGUCGUCAGCAAAGGACAAGUGGAGGCGCUGCAAGAAGAAAUACUUCACUUAAAAGCACAAAUUGCACUACUACAGUCCGAAAUCGCAAAUAACGAAAUCACACCACUGGAGCAAAAGCAAAGUACUGAGCAAUUGCACACAACGAUUGCGAGUGAGGACAAAAAUAGUGAUAGUGAUCCCGAAAGAAUGACACAGUCGGAUUUUGUAACACCGAUAAAGCCGUAUGAGUUGCUAUCAACUCCCCAAGUCCCACCGCCUGUAGCUAAAAUAGCUGAACGCGUUAAAUUGAAAUGUGGUAGCAGACCAAUAACACAUAAACUGGAGUCAAAACUUGCAACAGGCAUUCCUAAUACUGAAGACGAUGACAUAGUUGACCAAUUGGUAUUAGACUCCAAGCAAUAUGAACAAGGCAUGGCGAAUAGUUACACCGAAAUAUCUCAAAUGAAUACGGAAUUGCAGCGACUACAACGAAAAGUUGAACACCUAAAAAUGCGAAACACAAUUCUCUCGCUCACGCUGGACGAAUGUAAAGAGCACUGCGAACACUUGUAUUUACUUUGUGGCAAAUAUGAAUCGAAUGCGAUAGCACUACAAACAGCGGUAAAUUGCAGUGAUCGUGCAAUAGAAGCUUACGAUGUUAUGUUGGCACUCCUGGAGAGCAAAUUGGCAUUGAUGUCGGAAAAAUCGCAUAGCGCCGAAGACAGUAGAAGAGCUGUAGAGACAGUGGCACGACACUUAUUAGAUCGCUUAGAAAGUGAAAAGAACGUUUGUGAAAAUAGUUUGGGGCCUUGGCAGUCAACAUUUAGUAUUCCGGAUAAAGUGUGCACACCAUGGACUACAGAUGAUGACAACCGUUUACGAUAUCACGUUUCCAAAUUGAAAGGACGUCGUUCAACAGUACAAAAUACGAUAGUCAAUUUGGAGUCACCGUUUAGCGACUUGUAUGAGAAAUCACGCAUGGCCAUGGAAAGUGGCAAGGGAAUGACGGAAAAAGUUAAUAAUGCACAAUUUGAUCUCGAAACGGCUGUAAUGAUGCAAGAGUUACUCAAUUUACGUGAAGAAAAUAUCACAUUGAAAUCAAAAAUCGAAUCAACGGAAGCAGAGAAACGUAUUGCAAACGAACGUAAUAGCUCGCUUGAAGAAGCCUUGCAACAAUUGCAACUUCAAUUGCAGUUGCAACUACAAAUUACUACUGAUGCCAGUAGUGCGCUUUUCCAUCGUGAACAGAUUGCAGAGAAUCGAGUAUCGUACUCUGAGUCGGAGCAUGUUGCACUUACGGAACAGCAAUUGGUUGAGGCAUUGACACGCGAAUCUGAGCUUAAGAGUCGCAUACAAACAUUAAUAGCAUCCGUUACGGCUUCGCAACUCAACACCGAUGAACGACACGUCCAGCUACAGAAUAAUAUACAGGAUUUGCAAAAAUCAAAUUUAAACCUAACGCAACUUUUGGAGCAAAACAAGCGCAGAUAUCAAGCACGUGUGCGCAGAUUGGAACAGCGAAUUGUGGAAAUGUCAUUUGGCGCGGAUAAGAAAUUUAGUGGAGAAAAAUGUAAUGCCAUUGACAAUUGUAUUGGUGGUGAUUGUUUCACUAAUAGUACUAAAGCACAGCAGCCUCAACUCUUGAAAUCAAAAAACUCAGAGGAACUAACACAGUCGUAUGAGUCCCAACUACAAAUACAAGAUAUCGUGCCUGAGACUACACUUUAGAAUAAUAAAUAGCGGAACUACAACAAUGUUCACGACAACAAAUACAAUUAAGUUCAGUUUCCUAUUAUUCUAGCCUACCAUAUGCCAAAUCCACAUAAAAUUUUGAAUUAAUCUAAUCCAUUCGAGUGUGCCAUUUAUCAAUUGAUUUACCGCUUGGCUUAGCUAAUCGGGCGCCUUUGUGCAAGUAUGCAAUAUUUAAUUAACUGUGCAUUAAUUACACAUGCACAUUUCUGCAUCACUUAUACAUAUAAAGUAUUGAGGUAUCAUAAUUAAUUCCAUGUAUUCACAUAAAUAUAACUAUUACAUAUAUAUUAUAUACGUAUGCGUAAGUAUGUUUUUGAUUACACAUUGCUUGUUAAUAUAUUACUAUUGUACAAAUCGCGCUGAAAUAAAUUUCAAAAAUUGAAA